ACGGAUGAGCAAUCAUGAAAUUUCUAGUGAGGGCAUUACUCAGUAGAUCAUGCCAGUAAUGGGUAAUUCUUUUUGGUGGGACUCUAUUAUUUUAAUGUCAGGUCAGCUGUUUAACCUGUAAAGUACUUGUCUCAGUCACUGUGGUGGCUGGAAAGAAGACAUUGAAGCAAGUGAAUAGCUAUAUUGUAUAUUCAGUGGGUAUGAUAUUACAUUGUGAAAAUUUCAUAUCACUGAUGUAAAGAGAUUUAUUUUGCAAAGGGAAUAUAUAUAUAUACCUGACACCUGAAGAAGGCUCCACGACCGAAACAUUAUAUAUAUAUAUGUUACAUGCAUGUAGCUGUUUAUGUUAAAAUAGAAAUUGUCCUUUCUCUUCAUGUUGUUAUUUUUUGUUGUGAACAGAAAUACUAUUGCUUCAUAGGAACUUAAUUAUUUUUUCUACUUGAUGAGAUAGUAUUUCUAAGAUUCCUGGCAAGAUUUAAGAAGUCUGUGUAAAGGUGCCUCUGUAUGUAUACUCUCUUGUUUUCAUGUCUAAAGCUUUUGUUAUUUAAGUGAAUGUGUUGUAGAAAAGGGGAACUCAGCAAAGAACACAAGCACUUGUCUUUAUCAUCCAAAGGAAUGGGUCCAAAAUGAUUUAAUCGUAUCUAACACUGGGAACAGUGUUAAUAUUCAAUACUUAUUGAAUAAUAUUUAGCAAAUAAGACUAUAUUAUAAAAUGGGAUUUUUAAGAUUUUAAAGUUAAGUAUACAUCUUAGAGCUAGAAAAUAAACAAGUGGAAUGUGACUACUACAAUGCGCAAAUCUUGGACUGUUGCUCAGCUAUAAGAAAUAGAAGAUAUAAGGCUUUCUAAACAUUUUAAUGUGUUUUGUAGACUUUUAUUUUUAGACCGUUUCAUAACACAGUGAAAACAUCAGUGUAUCCUUCUGAUGAUCAAAUGAUUUUUAAAGGGAAAAAUGUUUUUUUCUGUUUUUUGAUGAGGCCCUGAGAAUACCUAUGUUCUGUUUGAAUCUUGUUUUAAAGAAGGUAAGUAAAUCUGCUUAACUAAACAAUCAUUUAUUACCUGUGCAAUUGCUAUUUAUGUUUAUUUCAAUGACUCUACUGUGAUUAGUACAGUGAGUUAUUUUUUGUUAAGUUAUAUCGAGAUGUUCAAUAAACAUAAACAUUCAUGACUUAAUGUUCUGUUUUCGUAUUACAAAUUGGCUUAGGAUCCUAAACAGAUGCUGUUUUCAGUAUAACAGGUGACGAGCAAUCCACUUUUCAGCACAAACUCCAAAGUAUUUGCAGUAAACCGCCGCUAGAGGGGGGUAUGACUGCAUAAAUAUUUUUUCAGAGGCGUGACGUCUAAUGAAGGAGCCUUCUUUGACAUCAUCAGUGUGCUAGAAAGACACAUGCAAGAGCACGAUGGCGGUGUCCCAUUCGAUCAGGGAGCGCACCAUCGCCGAGAACAGCCUGGUGGUCCUGCUGCAGGGGCUGCACGGCUGCGUCACCACGGUGGACCUCCGGGACGAGAGCGUGGUCCGGGGCCGCGUGGUCAACGUGGACGCGUUCAUGAACGUCCGCCUGGAGGAGGUCGUGUACAAGGACCGACGGGGCGGCCUGCGGCGGCUGGACGACUUCUUCGUCACGGGGCGGAAUGUCCGGUACGUCCACCUGCCGGACGAAGUGAACAUCAUGAAGACUAUCGAGCAGCAGCUGGAGAAAAUCCACCGGGUCAGGAACUUCGGUGGGGACCGGGGAGGGAGAAAGGAGUACCUGAAGAAGACUCAAACGUGACGGGCCGCGACCGAGUCUCGCAACACGCUCGUUUUGCCUGGCAAACGCUCAACAGGUGAAACUACCCUGUCGAGGCUGCUGGGAUUUCCUGGUCAUGUGUUAAAAUAUCUGUAUGAAAUGUGAUUUUCUUUAUAAACCGUGACAGAAGCUAUUGUGGUUUUGGAUUUGGAGGCCAUGCACUGCUGUACAAAUGAUCUUGUCCUUGUUUUUAAACGCCGUGACCGAGGUUGACGACAACGUGCGGCAGACUGCCUUUUAAGAAGGGCUAUGUAGGGUGUCAAGGAUAUGUUUCGAAUUCUGUAAAUAAAACACCAAACUAUUUUCAUAUGAAAUCCGGAAAGUAAACGCUGAAAGUAAACGCUUGAUUUUUUAAUGCAUUUUUAGGAGACGUUUCUUGCAAUAAAACUAUAUAAAAAGUUGGAUGUUGUGGGUAAAAAUCAGCAAGGAAAUGUCUGCCUUUUUUGCACAAAAAGAUUACGAAAGUGUGUUUUGAAGACCCAGAAACUGUGUGAAAAUUACAGCUUUUUGCAGGGUUUGCCUACUUUGGAAUUAAUCCUCCCUCGGAAUUGAUGACAUUUGAUUUAAUAAAAAAUCUUCUUCUUUU